UUAAAAGGUAUAAUAAACCAUAAUCACAACAUCAAAAAGAGAAUCCAAAAGUUGAAUCUUCACGAUGAGUUUGAGAGAAAUGGCUUAUUCCUCUGAUUGUUUAUUCGUCGUUUCAGUGGUACUUCUGUUACAAUUUCUCGUAGCCCCUGCUUCGGCCUUGCCCUUAAACUCCACACAAUACAUCGACAAAUUAUGUCAGAUGUCAGCUAUUGACGACAAAAUCUUCUGCUUGCAAACGUUGACUGGCUAUCCUGGUGCCCUUUAUGCCGGAGACUCGGUUACACUUGCUGAAAUCGUGAUCAGCGGCCUUCUCAUACCCCAAGUCGAGAAGACAAUGCGUUUUGUACUAGUCACAGAAAAAAAGGAACCGAGUUUAAAGACACAGUUCCAGAAGUACCAUGAGACCUAUAGAACUAUUGUAUACUCUCUCGAGAAUGCCUUUGGAGAACUCAGGCUCUUUCCACGUACCGCAACCUAUGAAGUUAUGACUUGUACCGACCAAAUUACUCAAGUGAUGAAUCUGAUCGGGAAAAACCAAGAAAUGGCUUCAAAGACUCUCAUUGAUAUGACAAUGCAAAUGAAGAAGCUCCUUCCUCUCGGCGUUGCAGCCACACAAGCUCUUGGCGGGUGAAGGCAAAGAUGAGAACAUAUACCAUUGAGCUUGUCUUAAUAUAUGAUUAAAAACUAUAUAUUUUAAUAUAUACUAUAUAAUA